GAAUGUGGGGUAACGUAUAAUGUAGGUCUCGUGGAGCCAGCAGCGGAUUAUUAAGUAUUGAACAGCAGUGCCGUGUGGACGUACAGUAGCCCGUCUCUGGAACACUGAUCGAGGCAGGGAGGACGCCCCCCAAAGGACCAUGUUAUUGAUAAGAGUGUGUUGGCUCUCCCUACUGCUCGCCCUGGUGGCGGGCAGCGAGAAGGAGGCUCCCGAGGAGGUGAAGACGGCAGAGCCCCAAGAUGUGUCAGACUUACAGGGCGCUCAGCCCGUCGCCCAGGACCGCUCUGCGGCUGCAGAACUGGUCUCUCAGGAGGUGCCAGACCAGAUUGCUAUAGAGUCUGUAGAUCGUCACGCCGCUCUUUACGCUCCCCACCGCCCUUUGGCCAUCCCCAUCCCACUUCCAUUGCCAGUGUCCCCCGGCAGCCUCGUUCUGCCAGGGCACCCCAAGCAUGUUGGCCCCCACGCCAGUCCCAAGGAAGGCACCGGAUCAUCAUCGCCUCACCGACCGUUUGGUCCACCUAAACGACAGCGUCCUCCCUUCCGCCCCCCACCCCCUCCCCCAGUGUUCCCUGGUUCCAAGUCCACCAUCACCAAGCACCCCUCUAUAAAAUCCCCCCACCUCCACCAAACAACUACUCUCCCCCACCCCAGGCAAGACUCCCACCACCCCCACCACAGCCCUCUUACAACAUCCCCCACCACAGCCCUCUUACAACAUCCCCCACCACAGAACUCCUACAAUGGCCCUCCACAGAACUCCUACAACGGCCCCCCUCCACAGAACUCCUACAACGGCCCCCCUCCACCACUACCACCACAGAAUUCUUACUCUGGCCCCCCACCUCCUAUUCAGCCUCAAUACUCGGCUCCUCCACCCUCUCCUCAGCCUACCUACUCAGCCCCUCCACCAGACCCAAGUUACGGUGCACCUAAGCAAGCUGAUGUUUUCCCGGGUGACGGAACUCACCCCCCAGCAGCUCUCUCGGGUCAAGUCAUCGCCCCAGCACAGGCCCCGGUCGCUGCCCCUCAACGCAAGCAACACUCUGCACCUGAGCAAGCAUCGGCAUCACAGUCACAACCAAUCUACAAUCUCCCACCAGUACCAGCUGCGGCCCCUCUCUUUUCCCAAGUCCCCAUCUCUGCCCCCGUCCCCGGCCCCGCCCCUGGCCCUGGCCCCGUUGAUUACAGUGUCCCCGAUGUCGACGUUUCUGGUUCAGCUAACUCAUACGUGCCACCGGAGUCACUGGGACCAGCCGACCCCUGGCCCACCGCCGUUCCUGAGAUGCCCAAGAUCACAGCUCUCGACGUGAAGUGCGAGAAGAACUUGAUGAAGGUGAGCAUCUCGUUCGACAAACCCUUCUACGGCAUAGUGUUUAGCAAGGGCCAUUACAGUAACGUCAACUGCGUGCACCUACCGGCAGGUCUUGGCCGCUCCCAAGCCACCUUUGACGUGUCCAUCAACGCCUGCGGCACCACCGGCAACACCGAGAAUGGCCUCUACGGUUACGGAAGCCAGAGCGGCUCCGGCACUUUCUUCGAAAACACCAUUGUGGUGCAGUACGACCCACAGGUACAGGAGGUGUGGGAUCAAGCUCGUAAGUUACGCUGCACCUGGCACGACCAGUAUGAGAAGUCCGUCACGUUCCGUCCAUUCCCUGUCGACAUGUUAGACGUCGUCCGUGCAGAUUUCGCCGGCGACAAUGUAGGUUGUUGGAUGCAGAUCCAAGUGGGUAAGGGACCAUGGGCCUCCGAGGUGUCUGGCUUGGUCAAGAUAGGUCAGACUAUGACUAUGGUGCUCGCCAUCAAGGAUGAUGAUAAUAAAUUCGACAUGUUGGUUCGUAACUGCAUGGCUCACGAUGGUAAGCGAGCGCCUAUUCAACUGGUAGAUCAGAGAGGCUGCGUCACCCGCCCUAAACUCAUGUCAAAGUUCACUAAGAUUAAGAACUUCGGGUCAUCUGCAUCUGUCCUCUCCUAUGCUCACUUCCAAGCCUUUAAGUUCCCUGACUCUAUGGAGGUUCACUUCCAAUGCACCAUCCAAAUUUGCCGAUACCAGUGCCCGGCCCAGUGCAGUGAUGACGGUCCUGUAGGUCCAGGCGGCAGCUACGAGGCCCCAGGGGUGGGCCGCACGAAGCGUGAAGUGGAGGAGUCAAAGGAAGAAGAGGGGGCGGAGGGAGUGGAUGAGGCAGCGGGAGAAGAGGAAGUAAACAGGAAGCAGAAGGACAUUGGAGUAAACCGCGUUAUUCAAGUUGUGUCAACGCGGGAUCUCUCCUUCGUGCUGGAGAAGAAGGGAGGCACCGACAGCGAACCCAGGGAGUCUGAGACGGCGACGUUGGUGGCGCCCCAGGUGGAGGACCACUCGGGUCUCAUCUGCAUGUCAACGCCCGGGUUCGCCGCCACGCUCAUCGUCCUGCUGGCCAUCCUCAUCGUGUCUUGCCUCAUGUCCGCCUUCUUGUGUCUCCGGUUCCGUGGUCAGGGUGACACCCGCUCCAUCAUCUCAUCUUACGACAACCCCGCCUUUCUACACAAAAAGGGUCACUUCUAGACAGCGAAAUCGUCCCCAUCCUGUAGAAGAGGAGCGUGGGGGCGCGACGUGAGGCUAGAUUAGUGAGCGCUGCACCAAAGCCGCCAUGUCACCAUGGCUUCGGUUUUAUCUAAGGUUGGCGACUCACCAGUCGUGCCACAGCCCCGCGCCCACCACCACAAGCCGCGGCGCCCACGGUGAGUCGCGGCCGGGCAUUCAGGCGCCACGAGUCACUCCAGUAUGCGGCACCGGGCAUGGAGGGUUCCCCUGGGUAACCUCUCCUGCCCCAGCCAGCGAGUCAAGUCGUCGGGUGGUCAGUGUGAUGCUCCACACCCAACAGGAGCUGUUUCCUUUGCGUGUGUCUGUGUGUGUGUUUGUGUGUGUGUCUUGUCCCUCUAUUUAUUCUUCGUUAUUUAUUGUCGUAUUACGCCACCAGGAAUCCCAGCGCGUGUUCAGUACCUCCCAGGUUUCUUGUUGUGGAGGGGCUGACGGAGGCUGACCUUCUGGGAGAGGCGUACACGAGCUCUAAGGUCCCAACCUGCCGGCGGUGUUGGGGCUAACCGGGGCAAAGGCCGUAUGUAUCCGUGAUGGGUCACAUAUACGGCCUCGUGCCCCCAACCUGUAGGAUUAAUUUGGGUCAUACGUAGGGUCUUGGUAAGGUAAAGUGCAUGAUCGUGUCUUCCUCACUCACUCCUCCGAUGCACUGUGUGUCGGAGUACUGCCUGCACCCUCCCCCCCACACUGACCAAGUUGCCAUAACUGUCACUAUGAUAACACAUACUCAAUAUUCUUCUCCACCAACAGUCAUCAUUAUUUUUGUUGUUCACUGUAGAAGUAUUUACUUAGGACUGUGUCAAGGGGCCCCAAACAUGACUAAAGUGUCGUGUUAAAGAGGUCCCCAGACACGACAGUAUAGCCCCUGUGUGAAUGAUUGCGAGGUUAAGUCCCCCACCUC